AUGUUCAGCGGAAUUCAACCCGUGACGGUUGUGUUUAACAACGCGAAAAAUUGUUUCCUCCAUGUGCCUGCCAAGUUAAUUUCCCAUCUCUCUCUGAGCGAGAACCAGGCUUUGGAGUUGUCCUGGAGUCAUGAUGGACCUCCUGUUUUUCUCAGCUGGACUCUUAGCCGCAGCUCCUCCAACUUUGAUAACCACCAUGUGGAGAUGUGCCGACAUCUCGCAGAAAAGUUGGGCCUGCUGGAAGGAGAGGAGGGCUUCUUGAGGGCAUGUCCGCAAGUGUCAUCAGUGCGUCAAGUGUUUGUGGAGCCACUCUCAGCUGAUGACUGGGAGAUUUUGGAGCUCCACAGUGGUGCGCUCGAGGAGCAUCUUCUGGAUCAGAUUAGAGUGGUAUUCCCAGAUGCUGUUUUGCCUGUGUGGGUGGACAGCCACACAGUUCUUUACAUUCAGAUAGCGUCCUUGUUACCUUCAGUGCCUUACGGUCGGCUGGAGCCCUUCUCGGAGCUCAUGGUAACCCCUAAAAAACACACCAGGCACCCCGAGGUGCCUCAUCACAGCCAUUGGGACACCCCUUCUACACCUAGACCACCCUUGCAAACCUCACCUCCUCUGAAUCAGCAGUGGGGUGGCAUCACGGACUUAAAAAGUCUUUUUAGGUACUUGACAAAAGGCUCAAGUGACCCAGUUAGGGAGGUCCCGUUCGUACCGGAAGUCCCCGCGUUGCUGCCGGACGCCCUUUACAGAGUGUGCGGCGCAUCUCCUCCUUCCCUCACCACCGCUAGUCAUGUAGCGCCAGGCGUUCUUCACAUCUUCCCGUGCAGCUACACGUCGGAUUUAGACGUCGCUGGAGGUCAACCGGAGCUGACGUACGGCCUGCUAUCCAAAGUUCCCUCACCCAAGGAAAGAGCCAAGGUAGAGAAGAAGAAAAAUGCGCCGGCAGAUGGCGUAGAGGAGGUGAAAGAUCAGGAGCUGAAACAGGAGGCCACGGUGGUGCGCUUGGUGUGCCAUGAUAUUGACGAGCUAAGAUACACAGAAGGAACCAUCCACUGUGGGACAUGCUGGAUUCCUCCAGUAUUGGCUGCCAGACUCAACAUCCUCCCACAUUCUACAGUAAGAAUAAAGCCAGUGACAUCGACAGUUAAAGUAGCAUCCUCCAUCCAACUAUGGCCUCAAAAACCACUAACUGAGGCGGAGGAGGACGAAGAUAUCCAGACAGCUUUCUUGAGCUGGCUGCACACUCAGACUCACAGACCUCUGGCCUGCCUGACACCGCGAGUUGGCUCCGUCCUCCUACACGCGACUGACGACAAAUUAGAGUUCACUGUCACAGUGCUGAAACCAGAAUCCGAACCUGAGAGUGAACCACCCGACCAACUCUUUCUCCUUUCACCUUCAGUCUUACAGAAGAAACAUAUCCAGGUAGUACGAGAACCAGUGUCUGCACCACCAGUUGAGAUUGACCCACCGAAACAAGAUCUUCCAUCGCUUUCUUCUCUAGGUGGGGUGGACGAGUUGAGCAGUAGAAGCUUUGAGUUCAUCUCGUACAGUCUGCUGGCGUCUCCUUUGUCCAGAGAGCUGCUUGGAGUCAUUGGACGAGGACUCAAAGGAGGUGCCCUGCUCAUUACUGGCGCACAAGGUAGUGGGAAAAGCGCCCUUUCUCGCGCCCUCUGCAGGAAAGCAGCAGACGACGUGGAUGCGCAUGUGGAAGUGGUGGAAUGUAAAAUGUUACAAGGCAAAAGGGCAGAGACGAUUCGUCGGACAUUACAGGAGGUUUUCACCGAGGCGGAAUGGAGGCAACCUUCUGUGGUUCUGUUGGAUGACUUGGAUGACGUGGCCAGAGCGCCCACCUCACCCGAGCACGAGGAAGGACCCGAGGAGCUGCUCCACCUACACGUCGCUCAGAGUUUGAUGGACAUAGUGGAUGAGAUGGUGGAACGUGAUGCGCUGAUUUGUUUGAUUGUAACCAGUGAGGAUGAACGCUCCUUACACAGCACUCUUACUCAAGUGCAAGGAAGGCAUUUCUUCCAGGGCUUCACUCACAUAAACCCCCCUGAGCAGGCCCAGAGAAGUGACAUCCUUUGUCGUGCCAUUGAAACGAGGUGUGGCUCGUGUCAAUCCAAUUCUGUCAACUUGGAUCUGUCAACUGUUGUCAGGGAGACCGAGGGAUACCUGCCUCAAGAUCUGCUGCUAUUGUUGGAGCGAGCCCUACAUGCUAACGCCGCUCGCCAACUACAAAACAACAAUCCUGGUUCGUGUUUGUUGCAGCAGGACUUUAACGAGGCUCUCAGGGACUUUACACCGCCAUCCCGUUGGGGGGCGGACCUCCAUACUCCGAGUGGUGAGGGGCUGAAGUCUGUAGGGGGGCUUGCGGAGGUGCGGCAGCAGUUGAUGGACACCAUCUUGCUCCCUGCUAAGUAUCCCGUCCUCUUCUCCAAGCUCCCCAUCCGACAUCGUUCGGGAGUUUUGCUCUAUGGUGCUCCAGGCACUGGGAAGACUCUACUAGCGCGAGCCGUUGCCAAAGACAGUGGCAUGAACUUCAUCAGUAUUAAAGGUCCAGAGCUCCUCAGUAAAUACAUUGGAGCAAGUGAAAAAGCGGUCCGAGACGUCUUCCAAAGGGCUCAGGCGGCGAAGCCUUGUGUGGUCUUCUUUGACGAAUUUGAUUCCUUGGCGCCCAGGAGGGGUCACGACAGCACCGGUGUCACCGACCGUGUCGUCAACCAACUGCUGACUCAGUUGGAUGGAGCAGAGGGACUCGAAGGCGUUUACGUGCUGGCCGCCACCAAUCGUCCGGACCUAAUCGAUCCAGCUCUGCUGCGCCCAGGGCGACUCGACAAGUCACUCUACUGCCCCCCGCCUGGAAAGGAGGACCGCUUAGCCAUCCUAAAGAUUUUGAGCACUGGCAUCUCUUUGGCCCCUGACGUGGACCUGGAAAAUCUGGCGGAGGCGACUCAUGGAUUCACCGGUGCCGACUUGAAGGCCCUCCUCUACAACGCCCAGCUGGAGACGCUAAAUAGCAGUCUGGAUGGUAGCAUGUUGCAGGUAAGUGGCACAACGUGCGACAUGAGCCUGUCCUCCAUGAUCUUCCCAAACAAUAGUAGCGGUUCUGAUGACCUCGUGGAUGACGGCGAAGGAGACGAGGGCAGCUGUCCGGAGUCUGCCGAGCUACAGCGUUUGGACGAACAUCGGCAACAACAAGAACAUCCAGGUGACGCCUGGAGGAUCUACUUUGGAAGCUCCUUUGAGUCGGAGUCUGCUGAAACCCUACAUUGCCCCAUCGCCAAUCCCGGCACCAAGGCCCCCCACCUGAGCGCGCCCAAUAACAUCCAGCCGUGCACGAGCCCCAUCAAACAGCCACGCAGACGAGGGUGCCACCCCAUGGCCACGGCCCCACCCAGCCAGUCCUUUGGGGGUGGGGAGGGAUCAAGGGUGAUCCCCCGGGCCAACCGUGCCCCCAUCAACCGGCCUUCAGGGAUGGGAAGAGUGGACGCACCUCCAACCCCACAAUCACCUGGCCCACGAGCCACAGCUGCAGCCCCCCCCAACUGGCACGGCAUGCCACGGGACCCCCAAUGGCCUACCAGGCCCAGGGAAGGGCCCCCUGCCGGAGCAGGCGACACCCAGCCGACACACCUGUGUCCAUGCGUCUCCGUACAGGACGCUGAAGUGCCGACGCCAGAGUCCAGUCUCCCACUGCCACCCCUCGCCAUGCCCUCACUCAAGAGCGGCUUCCAGCCUCUCAGCCACGAGCAGCAACAGCGCCUCCAGCAGGAAGUGGCAUGCAUCAAGCUAAACCACCGCAGAGCGAACGGGGAGCGAGUGCGUGCCCGGUCCAAAGCCGACCUGCCUGGCAUUCUGCUGCGUCGUUGCCACGUACUCGCCGCUCUGGACGCCACCAGGCCAUCGCUUGGAAAAGACGACUGGAGCAGAUACCAAAUGCUCUACGAGGCUUUUUCAGGAGGCAGAACCACCACGCAAACGUUCCAACCAGGACAACGCGUGACGUUAGCCUGA